ACAUUUCAAACACCAAAAAGAUGAUAAAAGUUUGGCAUGGGAUCAAUAUACAAGCGCCUUGGCAACGUUAUCUCAAGAUUUCAACAAAGAAAUUAAAACUUUGACCAAAAGGAGGAAAGAUGAAGCCAAGGCACAAAUUGAAGUUGCAAAAAGGAAAAGAGAGAUUUGGCUGAAAGUUGAAGUCGAGACUGCUGAGACUUUUUUGAAACAGAACUACGUUCUAAAGAAUCAAGUAGUUGAUGCUAAAAGACAUCAUCUACAAUUUAGCAAGUCCGAUCAAGAGAACAAAACGAUCCCAUCGCUAAUUUCAAAUGAAGUAAACGAACAAGCUAUGGCAGAGAGUGACGAUGAAGAUAAUAUGUCUCCAUGUGAGGAAUCAAGUAUUAGGAGAGAAAGAAACCAUUAUCGAGAAAAAACAACAGAUACUGCUGUACCUGCAAAGAUGCGUCCAGACGUCUCAAGUGAUGAUGAUGAGCGUACACCCGAAGUUGACAACAACAGCCCCUCCUACCAGAUUAAUAAGAAGUCGAAUGUAUUCACAAACAAAGAUCACGUAUUGUUUUUAAAACAGUACAAUUCAAUGAUCAGGGAAAGCAAGUGGAAGUUAAGAAGUGGAAAUUACGUUAAGGACAUUAUGAUUGAGUUAGGAAAGCGUUGCAAUUUCCAUCAUCCAUUACAUUCUUUCAUUUUCGACAUUGAGGACAAUUAUACCCGCUCGACAUUCACAGAAGAGGAGCUGGAAGAGAUUUGCGCGGAAAAUUGGAAGGACUUACCGGAUUUUAUCGGGACGUUCGCAAAAACAUCAACAAGCGAAAUCCGUGAGCAGCUGAACCGUUCUCACGUUAAUCUUGGAGGAAAUUACGAAACGAGCAUUCAUUAUUCGUAUGAUUACGUAAAGGCUACCGUUGGGGAUUGGAUCAGACUUAUUGAAAAGAAUCCAAAUCCACUGACGAUGGAUUUGUCAGAAAGCUGGUUCCGUACCAACGUUUGGCGAGCGAUUGACAACGUCUUUGACGAUAUGCCAUAUGUUUUCGUAGUUGGUGAAGAAGUCGGCGGCGUUGCAACAUCAGAACGGAAGAAUAGGUAUAGGAUGCUUGGCAACGAGACGUUGGAAUGGGCAGCAUCUGAGGCUGGAGUUCGCUGGGAAGGUCCAAACGGCACAAAAUUGCUUAAAGAGGCUGGAUUCAGCCUUCCGCGACAGCUAAAAGACAUAUUUAUCAAGCUGGCAAGAAAAGUUGAUUUUGAUGAAGAUAAAAUCAGACAGCUCAACGUUCCCGGGUUUAUACAUGCUGGCGCAGUACUUAUUAAAGUUAAUCUCGAUAACCCAAAAGGUUAUGUCAUGCGCUAUGUAAAGGAUACCCCGUGCGAAGUGUAUGCUGACGUCAAUGAAUUUCCGAGAUCUCUAGAUACGCUGAUCACAAUCCUCUAUGCUAAGGAAACAAUACUGCGCACCAUGAAUGUUAUCAAAAGCUCAGAUGAACACCAUGAGGAGGAAGCUCUGAAACGAUGGAAGCGCUUAGGCAAAGCAAAGAGAAAACAUAACCGUAUAGAGCUUCCGGACUGUUAUCCGACACCCAAGAAAAAUCGCGGACCCAAGAAAACGCAGAAAGGUGCGGAGCCAGACAAUGAAUAG